AGUUUGCUUCAAGUGUUCACAGCGAGCGGUUUUCAAAUCGAAAGUAUUACUUUGUCAUUAUUAAUACAAUUGUUUUGAAAUUAAUUGUGUAGACUGUGACAUGUAUUGGUAAAAAUGACGUCAAGAGGAAAAAAACUAGUGUCGUUAGUGGUUAGUAAUAAUGAUUUUACUACCGAAAAUAUACAAUCUAAUAUUAACGUCAGGGAUGUAGAAAUUCAAGAAACCCUGUCAAUAUUUAACAACGAUGAGAAUAUUAUGAUGAGUGGUAUAGAGCUACAUCAAACUUUGACUGAUGGGGAACAAUCAGAUGAUUCAACUGAAAAGGAAUUAGAGAGCUUUUUCGGUGACGUUUCUGAUACAGAUGACCCAACUUACCACCCCCAGGACUACUCACCACAUAUGGGACACGUAGACUCCGCUGAUUUAGUAACAUUACAUGAUUUACUAGGUAGAAGAGACAACGAAACAAGGGAACAGUUUGAAGUCGAAGAGUUGCAAAACAUUAUUGAAGCUGUCCAGGAAGGUGAAAAACAAAAUAGCGAAGCUACUGCCGUAGUUGAAGAUUUUUUGACUGAUCUUCUUAAAAAGACUUGGCUACUCAUAAAACCAACAAAACGGUGGCGCAAAUCUGAUCCCAGUUGUUGGGCUCGUAAUGUAGCAAAAAAAAGACGAGCAGAUGGUUUGUCUUAUAGAACUAAAUCGAAAGUGAGACCUGCCAAAGUGCCUAAAGAUAUUGAUUGCUGCAAAUGUCAAUUCAAAUGUACUGAUAUUUUUACAGCAAAAAAUAGAGAGGAAAUCUGUAGAUAUUUUUGGAAUUUGGAUUUCCAGGCCAAAAAAAAUUUUAUUUUAGUCAAUAUACAAAUACAACUUCCAAAACGAAUCCUGGCUGCCCACAAUAGACACCGCACAGAAAAGACAUAUACUAAAAAAUGUUUUUUUACCAAAGAAAAUGAGAAAAAACAGGUAUGUCAAAAGUUUUUUUGUAAUACUUUGAGUAUCUCACCUUCUGUAAUAACUGAUGCAAUAAAAAAACGAAAUGACAAGAACUGUUUUGAUGCAUGUGAUGCAAGAGGUGGACACACACCUGCUAACAAAACAAAACCUGAUAUUAUUCAUGGAGUAAGGAACCAUAUUGAAUCGUUUCCUUGUAUGGAAGCCCAUUACAGUAGAAAAGACACUCAACGCAGAUACUUAGAUAAAAAUCUUAACAUACGAAAGAUGCAUUUAUUGUACAAAGAUGAGUGUUUAAAAAACGAGGUUGAGCCGGCGUCUGAAAUAACUUAUAGACGAAUAUUUUCCAACGAAUAUAACCUGAGCUUCUUUAUACCUCGAAAAGAUCAAUGCCUAAUUUGCACUAAUUAUGCCCAGGCUGAUACUGAAAAGAAAAAAGAACUUGAAGAAGUUUACUUGGCUCAUCAGGAGAGAAAGAAGACUUGUAAUAAGGAAAAAGAAAAAGAUAAAAUAAAAGCAAACUCAGAGGAGAAUUUUAGUACUGUGACGUUUGAUUUACAAGCAGUUCUCCAAAUACCUACUUGUGAUGUAGGCCUGCUUUAUUAUUCAAGAAAACUAUGUGUUUACAACCUAACAGUAUACGAAGCAGGUCUACCUAAUAAUGCCUAUUGCUUCCCAUGGUCGGAGGUUAACGGCAAGAAAGGUAGUUGCGAAAUUGGUACUAUACUUUUACACUAUCUUACUAAUUGUGUCCCUGAAAACGUCACAGAAAUCAGUUUAUUCUCAGACACAUGUGGCGGUCAAAACCGCAAUCAAUUUGUUGCCGCCUUACUACUUUGGGCAGUCCAGAAAAUUGACCACUUCAAAGUGAUUGAGCAAAAGUUUUUGGAAUCUGGACACAGCCAGAUGGAAGCAGAUUCUAUGCAUAGUAGCAUAGAAUCUGCAAAAAAAAACACGUCCGUUUUUUCUAUGAUGGAAUGGAUAUCAAUUUUUAAACGUGCUAGGCGCAGGCAAACUGUAAAAGUUGAUGGAAAGAAAAUAAUUAGAGAACCAUACCAUGUCAAAGAAUUUAAGUACAAGGAGUUUCUUGACCUGAAGCACCUUGCUGAUGCAAUUAUGAAGAAUAAGACGAAAGAUGAAAAAGGAAACAGAGUACAAUGGUUAAAGAUUAAGAGAAUAAGGUAUGUAAAAGGAGAAGAAAGAAAAUUGUUUUUUAAUUAUGACAUGAGUGAACAUUUUAAUGUCAUGAAUAUUGGGGAAACUCCAUCCACUUUCACAACCCAACAUGAGUAUUCAACGCGAAAGAAAAUGCGACAUACUGAAAAUAACUCACCUGCUGAUCAUGAACUUCCGAACCAGUUAAAUCGUCUGUAUCAAGAACCUCUCAAAAUAACCGAAGCCAAAAAAAGAGAUCUCAUAAAUUUGUGUAAGAAAGGUAUAAUACCAGAAGAGCUACACGGCUGGAUCGAAAACUUAAAAACUGAAAAGUUGAAUGAUAGACUACCUGAGCCGACUGUUAGUGAUUCAGAAAAUGAAGACGAUUGUUAA